AUGAAGACGCAAGCGGGGCACCACAGCCAUCUGCAGAUACCCUUAUGGUCGUUCUAUACCCCAACACCGUUUCCGGCUCUCGAACAGCGACUGUUUCCACCACGCCAUCGGCAGACGCUGGAGUACACGUCGGCUGCCAAGUUCAUAUCGAUCCUGCGGGUGUUCUAUGUGCUGUUCGUUGUGGUACCGAUCCACACGGCUGCGGCGGUGCUCAGCCAUGCGCUGUACCCAAAGUUGAAAUGGCUAGAGAGAGGAUGGGGGACGGGGACCUUUCCGACAAGGCUGCCGGCGUGGGGGCUGGGUCAGACGAUCGGGGUGCCGCUCGUAGGCAGUUUGUUUUGGGCCCUCGUCUACGGGUCUCCGAAAGGCAUGGACUGGCGUGAAGAGCGUACGAUCCCGCGGACGAGCAAGUGGUUGUUCGGACGAGGACACGAGGGGUGGUGCAUCGAAGCUGAGGGCGUCACCCUUCCCGCGCUGCCCACUGCAUCGCAAAGCAAUGGUCACUCCCACUCCAACAGCAACGGCGGGAUCAAACAGCGCAAGAUCAACGGUCGCGGAACCAUCGCAAACAAAGACUUCAUCGACGCCGCCGCCGACCCAACCACUCUCCACGCCACCGACGUCGCCCCCUCUGCCAAGCCCUACGAUGCGCUCGCCGAGGGCGUCCCAACGGACAUCCUGCGCGGCGCCGUCAAAGGGACACUGUUCGGUGUGGAACCAAAAGAAGUGGCCGCCUUCUGGCAGUGGAAGAGCGUCGCGUCCGCCGUGUCCUAUGGCAAAGUCAUCUCGGUCAAGCCUGGCAACGAUGUAGCUGGCAUCGGCAGUGGUCCUGCUAUCAGCGCUGACGAGCGCAUGGUGCUAUUCUUCGUCGGAGGCGGCUACCACUCCGGUCACGCACCGCAAGGACCGCUCUCGUGGACUGUCUGCCGUCAAUCAUGCCUCCGCGUACUGGGCGUCAACUUCCGAAAAGCGACCAAGGACAGCUUUGCCUUCCCCGCUGCGCUGCAGGAUGCGCUCGCCAGCUGGGUCUACGUCACCAAGAGGCUGGGGUUCAAGCCGGAGAAUGUGAUUCUGAUGGGUGACUCGGCGGGUGGCGGACUAGCGUUGUCCCUCCAGCUCUACCUCUCCGCGUUGCUCUGGUCGGGAGAGGAGGGGCUGGGUCGGGCAAAGAAACUCGUCCUCCACAGUCCUAUGGUAGAUCUUACCCUCGGAACAGAAAGCUUCACCGCAAACGACAAAGUCGACAUCAUCUCGCCCUACAUGUGCUCCUUGGCGAGGGACAACUAUCUGCGGCACGUCAUCAGCGUCGAUGGUCGUAAGAAUACGUUUGUCGAUGGUCGGGGCUACGGCGAGGGGAGAGUGGACGAGGUGGCGGCGCGGUACGAGCUGGAUCCGUACUCUCUCGAGCCUUCUGCGUCGGAGUCGGAUAGCCGCGUUCAAGGGGAGAUGAAGCGUCUAGCAUCGGAACUGUCGGAAACGGUAUUGGAGCUGGGCGCGUUCCACCCGCUCUUCUCGCUGGGCCUGGACGCAAGGGGGAACAAAUACCUCGCCCAGUGUCUGCUGCUCUUCCACCCUCCACCGUCGCAGUCGGACGCCGAGAUGGAGCUGCUAGUCACCGUAGGGACGGCCGAGAUCUUUCACGACCAGAUCAAGCUCUUUGUGCGAAACCUGCUGGACCUUCUUUCCCCGUCGUCGCAGGGUAAAAAGGAGCAGAGAAAGGAGGAGAAAGUCAAGGUGAGCCUCGUCGAGUGCGUAGGCUGGCAUCACGUCUUCGCGUUCAUGAAUCUCCCCGGGAAGGUCAAGGCGCAGGUGGACGACGUGGCCAAGGCGUUUAUGCUCUCGUAG